UAUCUUAUGUUGGGCGUUGGUCGGGUCGACCCCCAAAAGGAUGGCCGAAAACUGCAUCAACACACGCGUCUUGACUGGGGUUGUAUUCAGGUCUAUUCGCGUUCAUAACAAAAUUGAUCGAUCACAACCAACAGCUCUGCAUUCAUGUCCACUAGGCGGAGGAUCGGCGUCAGCAUCGCAACAACAGAGGUUGCAAGACGCCAAUUGAUGCAGCCAGUUGUUUGCUGGGAGAAAGUAUGGACCGUUCCAGAAAAUGCUGCUCCAAAUUCCUCUAUGAAGAUCUACAAGUGGAUGAAGACGGACAGAAAACAACAAUUUAGCGAUGAUGAAGGAGAAGUGGACGAACCACUAGCACCCCUUCCUGAUGAACCUGAGGUGGUGGAAGGAGACGAAGAGAUGGACCAGGAUGAGCCAACCGCCUCUGCAGUUCCCGACGCAGAAGCACCUGUAUUGGACACGGAGACGAACUCAGUUAUUCAGGAAAUUCCGUCGGAACCCCAAACCAAACCAUCCUCUCCGACACCUCCUACACUUUCACUCCAAGCUCCUGAACCUAUAUUAGUCACAGAGCAAGUUGCGGACAUGUUGGACGAGUCACUCAAGGCUCUCGAUGGCGACGUGGAUAUCGAACUCGGUGUACACGAGAACGCCAAUCUGGAAGAGGUUGGAGACCUGGAUAUGGGAGUGCUCGGGCCUGAUGGAACUGCUUUCGAAGCCGUUCAUGACCUCAGUCAAAUUGAAAGUGGCGACGCAUUAUUGGGUGGACCUCUAAUGGAUGACACAGUCGAUCCAUUUGCUCUAAACCCGAAUGAUGAUGAGUCUGCUGGGGGAACAGCUCAAUGACCUCUUCUGCUUUGAUUGCCCCAGUUCACCACUUGAUCAGUCGUUGCUCCUCGCGCGCAAGUUGCCAGUCCAUUCUUGCAAGAGACAUUCACGCCGAAGACACUGAAACCGAAACAACACUCCUGAAAUCGACGGCGCUCGGUCCUGUGCUGCUCAUGAUGUUACAGUGCAAGAGAGUAGUCGAGGUUACAUUCGUUACACUGCGGAAGGAGGUUGUAAUGGAUGUGGGCAAUAUUGUACUACAUCAUACUUCUGGAUCUCCGUAGACGCUUGCCUUAGACCUGCAUGUAAUGGCCUAGCAGACCGGUACAGGACUUGAUGUUGACUUGGGGGUUUUGAGCUCGGAGCUUUGUACAAUAUUUCAAGCUGAGCUUCUCGUGUCAAUCCUAUAAAAGGUUGGCCGCAGUA